UGAAAGCUGAGAUGCAAAGAGACACUCACUCAGAUACACUUAUCUACCUGGCCACGCCUACAUUUCAUCUUUAAAGAAUCUUUAAGAACCCCAUGAAUUAACAAUUUUCUCAGAUUAUUUCAGUUUUUUUUUUCAGAACAAUCACUAGUCCCAAAUCCGGAACCUCCCAAUUUCUCUUCUUUGUCUCUUGUGAGCCUUGAAGAUGUUGAAGCUUCUGAUCCUGUUUGUUGUAGUAAUGGCUGCGGUUUUUAGCUCUCCAUUGUCUUCUUCAACUCCUGUAGAUGUGAGGCCAGAGCCUCCUGUUUCAGACCCAGUUCUCCCCACUGAGAAAGAACCAAUCUUUCAGGCUUCUUCAAGCUCAGGCGCCCACUCCCCAGGGGCUACAGAUGUCAGAGCAGUUCAGCAUCAAAACUUAAACAAGAAAAUUCUCAUUGCUCUUAUUGUUGCCUCUACCCUUCUUGGUGGAAUUCUGCUGUUGUUAUCUGGCUUAUGGGUUUACAGGUUGAGUAAACUCAAGAAAUCCAAUGAAAAAUGCCAGCAGAAUGCAGAUGGUGCCAAGGGACUUUCAUGUUGUCCAGUUAAGGAUAAAUCGACACCCUUUAAAGCCUCUGGGCGAAAGGGCUUAGUUGCUGUUCUGGAAUAUCCAUCAUUACUAGCUGCUACUAGCAAUUUUAUGGAGGAAAAUGUUUUGGGGGAAGGGAGAUUAGGGCGUGUCUAUAAAGCAAAAUUUGAUAAUGACUUGGAGGCAGCGGUUAAGAGGCUUUGUGGCGGUAGACAGGAGGUUAAUAAAGAAUUCGAGAACGAGGUUGACUUGUUGAGUAAAAUUCAGCAUCAAAAUAUAGUUUCCCUCUUAGGGUACUCCAUUCAUGGUGAUAUGCGUUUCUUGGUGUACGAAAUGAUGCAGAACAGUUCUUUGGAAUUUCAGUUGCAUGGACCUUCUCGUGGAUCAACUUUAAGUUGGCCUCUCCGAAUGAAAAUUGCUUUGGAUAUUGCAAGAGGAUUAGAAUACCUUCACGAGCGUUGCAACCCCCCUGUGAUCCAUAGGCAUCUCAAAUCGUCUAAUAUUCUUCUUGAUUCCAGCUUCAACGCAAAGAUUUCUGAUUUUGGCCUUUCUGUAACUGGCGGAAACCUAAGCAAGAACAUAACCAAGAUUUCGGGAUCACUGGGUUAUCUUGCUCCAGAGUAUCUCUUAGACGGUAAACUAACUGAUAAGAGUGAUGUGUAUGGUUUUGGCAUUAUUCUUCUAGAGCUUUUGAUGGGUAAAAGGCCAGUGGAGAAAGUGGGAGAAACUAAGUGCCAAUCAAUAGUUACAUGGGCUAUGCCCCAGCUUACGGACCGAUCAAAGCUUCCGAAUAUUGUUGACCCUACGAUCAGAAACACAAUGGAUGUUAAGCAUUUAUAUCAGGUUGCGGCUGUAGCUGUGUUAUGUGUGCAACCGGAGCCAAGCUAUAGGCCAUUGAUAACUGAUGUACUACACUCCUUCAUUCCACUUGUACCAAAUGAACUCGGGGGGUCGCUUAGGGUAGUGGAUUCUACUCCCCAUUGCUCAUAGGAGUCAUAGUUGUACCAUACUUUGUAUUCCCAAAAGGAUUGAAAAUCAAUGGAAGAUCUUGUGUUUCCUGUAUUCUUGGUUACAGAUCUCCCAAAUGUGGUUUUUUGCUAUGUGUUUAGAGUAGUGACACAUGACAAUGAUAUCUGUUGCUUUGUCUGUAAAUUGCAAAUUUUGAGAAAGAAAGUGUCCACUAAUUCAUUAGGCUUUUAAACCAUCUGUAUUUAUUGAGAAUGGGAUUGUACUGGGGAUUUUGCUUUAUAUCACAGCUUCUGGUAUUUGUAUAUACAAUUACUUUGAACUC